AUGAGGGUAUUCCGGUCAAAGUACCUCUGGGCUCACAAAUCUGCUACUGAGUGGAACUGGAAGGUCAGAAGAUGGGAUUUUGAAGUGGGGUUUUCAGGGAGGUCUGUUGUGGAGGGACCCUUUAGUGCUCCGAUUGAGACCUCGUCGGUUGUGUUAGCUGCGCAGCGAACACGCCGGAAAGAUCCUCUUGAUGGCUUCAAGAGGUACACAGGAGGUUGGAAUAUCAGUGAGCGUCAUUACUGGGCUUCUGUGGGUUUUACUGCAGUUCCCCUGUUUGCCAUUGCUGCAGUCUGGUUCCUGGGCUGUGGUUUGUGCUUGCUGCUCAUCUGUAUCUGUCACUUUUGCUGUCAAAGAAAGACUUAUGGCUACUCCCGAACAGCUUAUGCUCUUUCUCUUAUAUUUCUCGUACUAUUCAGCAUAACCACAAUGAUUGGCUGUGUUGUGUUAUACACUGGUCAAAAGAAGUUUCAUGAUAGCACGACAAGUACAUUGGAGUAUGUUGUAAAUCAGGCAGAUGUUACGGUUGGCCAGUUAAGGAAUGCAUCAGAUUAUCUUGCUGCAGCUAAGCAGCUUGGAGUGGAUCAAGUGUUUUUACCUGCUAACGUUCAAACUGAUAUUGAUCAGAUUGGUGGAAAACUAAAUUUCUCUGCCAACACCCUUGCUCAGCAAACAACGGAGAAUUCAGAUGACAUUAGAGAACUCAUAGAAUCUGUGAGACUGGCACUUAUAAUAAUUGCUGCUAUUAUGCUUGUCUUGACAUUUUUGGGAUUCUUAUUUUCAAUAUUCGGCAUGCAAUUGCUUGUGUACAUACUAGUGAUCACAGGAUGGAUACUUGUUGCUGGAACACUUAUUCUGUGUGGCACAUUCCUUCUUCUUCAUAAUGUGGCUGCUGAUACCUGUAUUGCAAUGGAUGAAUGGGUUCAAAACCCAACAACGCAUACGGCAUUAGAUGAUUUACUUCCCUGCGUGGACAGUGCAACAGCCCAAGAAACUAUGUUGCGAAGCAAGGAAGUCACUGCUCAACUAGUCGACUUGAUCAAUGAGGUCAUCACCAAUGUCUCAAACAUAAACUUUGCUCCCAACUUCGUGCCAAUGUACUUCAAUCAGUCUGGUCCAUUGGUGCCACUCCUCUGCAACCCAUUUUUUCCCGACUUGACUGAUCGAGCUUGCACUGCUGGUGAAGUGAACAUGAACAAUGCAACAGCGGUAUGGGGAAGUUAUGUCUGCCAGGUUUCACCUACCGGGAUUUGCUUCACAACGGGACGUUUGACCCCAACAUUUUACAGCCAGAUGAUUACUGGAGUUAGUCUGGGUGAUGGCUUGUCUAACUAUGCUCCUGUACUCGCUCAACUACAAGACUGCACAUUUGUGAGGGAAACAUUUAGUAACAUACACAGGGAUCAUUGUCCUGGCCUAAGAAGAUACAGUAGAUGGAUCUACAUUGGCCUGGUGAUGGUCUCUACUUCAGUUAUGCUCUCGCUCCUCUUCUGGGUGAUAUAUGGCAGAGAACGCCGCCACCGUGUUUAUACCAAAGACUUAGUGGCUGAAUCAGCUCAAGGUACUGAAGGGGAAAAGGAAAAUUCUUGAUGGUUAUUUCUGCAUCAUUCCACUUUGCUUAGCAGUAUAACACAGCCUUUGGAUGCUGUUUGGUUUUUGCAGACCUGUACAUAUUGAAUGCUAGCAUUCUAUGUUCAUUUCUUUUUUGUUUUGCAAUUCUUUUCCAUUCACAAGAGUCCGUGAGGAUUGUUUCAAUCAAAAGCCCUACAUUUUCCUGGUC